AUGAAAGACUGCGUGCCGCAGUAUCCACCUUACGCUACUUAUCCAUAUCAUCAUCAUCAACAUCCUUAUCAGUAUUGGCAAUAUGAGAGUAUUGGGCCUAAUUCACCUUCACUGUCAUCUUCGUCACAUCAAACAGACAAUAGAUCGCCAAAUCGAAAUCCCUAUCAUAAUGGAAGGCCGAUAACAAAUGGUGGAUCUCACGUUCAAUAUGCUGAAGAUGACGACGAUGACGAGGAUGAUGGUCCACGUCCUUUCGAUAGAAAAAUGUUUAUUGGUGGACUUAGUUGGCAGACUACACCAGAGAAUUUAAAAACAUAUUUUCAACAGUACGGUGAAGUAUUAGAAUGCAUGAUUAUGAAAGAUGCCAUUACAAAACGAUCGAGGUAUGUAACAUAA